AUGGCUGCUGGCUUUCUCUCUUUUUUCAUCCUUGCCUCUUUCCUUGCCCUAGCUUCCUUGCAUGGGGGCCAUGCUGUCCAAUUUGUUGUCGAAAACCGGGCCCCGAACACCCCCGGCGGUAUCCGCUUUACAAAUGAGCUCGGGGUGGACUACACCCAGCAAACAAUGGGAACCGCCACAGAUUUCAUUUGGAACCUCUUCGCGGAAACUACACCGGCAGAUAGAAGGGACGUGCAACGCGUGAGCUUGUUUGUGGAAGACAUCGAUGGCAUUGCAUUUUCCAGCAACAAUGAGAUUCAUGUCGGGGCUAAAUACAUUGAGGGCAUACAGGGUGAUAUCAAGACAGAUUUCAAUGGGGUACUUUACCAUGAGAUGACACAUUCAUGGCAGUGGAAUGGACAGGGUCAAGCUCCUGUUGGAUUGAUAGAAGGGAUUGCAGACUUUGUGAGGUUGAAGGCGGAUUAUGUGCCCAAUGGAUGGGUAAAGUCGGGUGAAGGUCAAAGGUGGGAUGAAGGUUAUUCAGUGACUGCAAGGUUCCUGGACUAUUGCAAUGAUCUUCAACAAGGGUUUGUGGCUGAACUGAACAAGAAGAUGAGAGAUGGCUACAGUGACAACUUCUUUCAGGAGCUGCUUGGGAAGACAGUUGAUCAACUGUGGACCGACUACAAAGCUAAAUUUGCAAACUAA